GAUAGCCUCGCCAUCCAGUAGCUCAUCUAGUGGUCGUGGUACGCUGCAGUCACCAGCGCUCCAACCAAGUGGCUAUGGGGGAGGGUCGUGUAGCGCUAUCAAGAAAGGACCGCAGUCGGGGGGUGCGUCGCUACUGAGUUCGCCCUGUGGACGCGCCCGGCAGUUGUCGGCGGCCCGUGACCGACGCAGUCAGAGUCCAGGUUUUACUGUGCGUGUGAACAACACAGGCGUACCGGUGCAAUCAUCCACGGCUAGCAGCCGACAGCCGAGCUUGUCAGGACGCUAUCUCGAGCCACCGGCAAUUGCAAAGCAAGGACACGACCAUUCGUCCUCAAGAGGUUCCUCGCAUGAACGAACAACCGUCAGGGACAAAAUUCAAGCAUUCGAGAAGAAGGCGUCGCCAAGAUGGAACUCAUCAACAAAGAUCACAUCGCCAGCGGUUCCAGGUAUUUUGCUAAGAAGUAUCUCGUAUUUGCGGAGGACUGAAAUUGAGAGCCGACAAGGAAGAAGACAAGUUCAGAUUGGCAAUGUAAUCUUGAGUGUUUCUCAAUGACACACUAUGUAAAGAAAGUACAACGACCCCUUUUUCCAUUGGUCUUCCAGUAAUGCCGACCAGCGCUGUUGGGGCACCAUGGUCGAAAAACGCGCCUGCGUCGUCGAGCACUGACUUUGCGAGGUCUGCGCGACAAACUGCAGGCGCUGGUCGGUCGACAGGGUUUCGCCUACAAGGUGGUGAUGGGAUGAUGACUUUAAGCUCGUUUCUGCAGCCACCUGACCGAAUUGUUGGUACUAAAGGCCGAAGCACAUCGCCAGCAGCUGGCCCAGUUCGUGCUCGCUGGCCGCCUGCAACAGACCGAGCAGAGCGGAUUCCCUCUGUCGGAAGCACGCGACGAAGUGAGGCAGCGAGCAGUGCGUCUUCUGCCAGUGGGCCAGGCAGGGCAGCCAGCCGUUCCUCGAGCUGCAACAAUGGGGGAAGGUUGUUGAGUGGGCGGUCGCGCUUGGCCCCGCCAGGGCCUGCAGCAACGGCCUCUCCACCAUUCAGGCCACCCCCGCGAAAUAGUUCGCGAGGUUCCGCGAGCAAGUGCCUACCAAGUACCAGUUUGGCGAUAAAAGCGUAUGGCGCCACACAAAAUCGAGCAAUCUCCAGUACCGCAUCAUCGUCCCACACCACGGUCAUACCGGGACCUAGCACUUACUCAGGAUGUUCUAGUCUGGGAGACAAAAUAUCUACAACUCAUCCUGGCGGCCAACAACAGCGUGGUGGAGGAACUUCUAGCUUUAGGUCACUGCACGCACCACGACAGCACGAUGCGAGGUCGUCGUCGGUGCGAGCAAAGCGAGGCGUGUCUUCCUCACAGCUCUCACCUGUCUUGAGCAAGCGCACGGAUGGAAUGAACAGUUCCACGUCCUCCAGUGGCGGGAUAAAGAGCAU